UUCAAAAACGUACUUUUAGUAUGAUUUGCUCCAAUUUACUUUCGUUGUGAACAAGUCAACAUCGGAAAUAUAUUAAAUAAUGGAAGGCACUGUAGCUGGAGUUAGAAUUGUUCCACCAGUUGUGGAAUUUUUUGAUGCAGAGACARAUGUUGUUCAUCAAAUGACUCUAACUGUGCAAAAUCUUAGCAAAUGCUCAAGAAAUAUUCGUUAUCAUGGUCCAGCGACCAGUAAAUUUAAAGUCAAAGUCAAAAAUCCUGACCAUSYCAUUGCACCUGGACUAGAAGUGUCAGCUUUGGUUGAAUAUUUCACAAGUGAAAAUGAAGAUGCACAGGAUAGAAUAAUCCUUACGGUAGACAAUGAUGUCAUCGAGGUGCCAGUUGUAGCAUAUGCACCAUGUCCACAAAUGGGUUUGAGUGGCCCUGCAAACUUUGGUAGCAUAGUUGCUGAUGGAAAAGUCCUUUCACGCCAGAUAGCUGUUUUCAAUGAAGGUGCUGUUAGUGGAGAGUUUAAAAUCAAGUAUUCUGGUAGCAAACCUAUUACUAUCAUGCCAACAACUGGUGUGGUAAAACCAGGGCAUUCUCAAAUGAUUAAGGUGGAAUUUGUUUCCAAAGAGCCAGGCCCAUUCCAUGAGCUUGCACAAGUCAAACUUGAAGGUCAACCUUCUGCCAGUCUUGAAGUAUGUGGUCAGGUGGUUGAGAGGUCUUUAGAACUGAUGACCUUGGAUGGUUCACAGAAAGUUGAUUGUAUUAAUUUUGGUUGUGGUUACUAUGGAACUGAUAUAAUCAAGUCUUACCUAAUACACAAUAAUGGACCUGAUGUGGCUAACUUYGUUGUCAUCUUAGAGGAAGAUGGAGAAGGCCAGGAGGUGGGUGUUGACUUAACAAAGACAACAUCAGCUACAUUAGCAUCACAAGCAACUAUGGAUGAACUAGGCACAACCAAUGACUUGACAAGCCUUGUCACUGCUCUUCCUAGUCAGGGUAUUCUCAGACCUGGUGAAAAGAGAACUAUUCACUUUUGCUUCAGUCCAAGGUUUACAAGAUCUAAACUAGGUUGGAGAAUGACAGAUAAGCCACCACCAAGGAGAGAUUUUGCUUUGUUUAUGCAUAUUGAGACUGUAGGCAGUAUAAGUGGKGUGAUAGGGAAAACUGAAAAUAGUGGUCUUAGAGUAGAAGUUGCCAUUGUUGGCACUGCAUUGCCUAUACUAUUAUCAAUAUCCCCCAGCCCAACCUUCCAUUUUGGUGAAUGUGCAGUUGAUGAGCAGAUAGAAGCCCUGUGUACUGUGAAUAACGAGUCUGCAAGCCUACCACUAGUGUUUGCUCUGCAUAGAGUGGCACACUUCCAAACACAGCCAAAAGACGGGACCGUAAAACCAGGAAAAUCAUUGGAUGUCUUGAUUUCAUUCCAACCUAAUCAAAUAGGUGAAUUCAAGCCUCUUUUGCAGAUUGAUGUUCUAGGUGGCAUUGUAGAGAAUUUUACAAUGGAUGGUGAUCCAACUGUUGUAAGGUAUUGUGCUAGCAUAAUUUAAU